UGAAUGCGAUGAAGUGAGAUGUAACGGUCAUUGGCGUCAAAUUUCGUUUCAACACGGUGGCGGCUUUUUAAGUUAACGGAAUCCAGGGGAUACAGGGCUCGACUGCUAUGUUUCCUGGAAGGACCGUGGUGGAGCGUGUGGGUGAUCCUCCUUGCCCCUACGACUUUUCAGCUUGCGGGUAGUCAGCCAACGCAUCUGAGCGCGUCUACAUCUAUGUGUGCAUACAGUUGAUUCUUGAAAGAGAAGUUUAUUUCCCGUGUUUUGUAUUAUUCAGUAUUUUGUACAGUAAAUAUUAAUUAUUAUAAAAUUAAUAUUAACUUCAAACAGAUAGUGCAUAUAGUAUUUGCGAAAAGUCUUGCAAAGCAUUUAAAUUGCAGUAACGGUUGUUUCACUGAAACGUGAAACAGGUAAAAAAGUAUAUAUCGAAAAUGGGACGAAGAAAGAGCAAACGACAAGCUCCUCAAAAGAGGAAAGCUAUCGAACCUAUGGACAUACAAUUUACGUGUCCAUUUUGUAAUCAUGAAAAAUCGUGUGAAGUUAAAAUGGACAAAGGCCGGAACACAGCAAAGAUUUCGUGUCGGGUUUGUUUAGAAGAUUACCAGACUACCGUCAAUGUGUUAUCCGAACCGAUUGAUGUGUACAACGACUGGAUCGACGCAUGUGACGCCAUAAAUUAAAUGACACUCUUUGGACACUGAACAAAUAAACUUGUGCCUUUUUGUACACUGAAAAGAUUCUAACAUUUGUGUUAUAUAUUUACAAAUAUUGUCGUUCUAUUAAUGAUCCGAAAUUAUUUUCUACAUCGACUGUAACGAAUUAACAAUAUUUAUCAAUAUCUGAUACAUAUCGUUGUUAUGUAUAACAUGUACUGGUUGUUCCACUUGUUAACUGUAUGAUAUUUCUGUCCAUGAAAACAAAUAGAAAACGAACACGUAUUCUAUUAAAUAAGAAUAAAAGUGCACGUAAGAAAUA